UUUUUGAUUUGUAAAAAAAAAAAAGUUACUAAAUCAAAGAAAAAAAAUGAGAGUAGAGGGGAGAAAAAAAAGUAGUUUCGAGGUUAUAUUUUGAAAAAUAUUUCGGGAAAAAGUUGGAAGAAGUUAUAUUUCGGAGCUAAACGGAUCUAUUCGUGAAGUGUUAUAUUUUUUAUUCGAUAUUUAUUUAAAGGACUACAAGAGAAAUGACGAGUCCAAAUAUAUCUUUGUUGAUAUGGUGUGAUGGCCGUAUUGUGAGUUCUCCGUGUGGAAUAGAAUACCACGGGGGUCGUCCGGUUAAUAUGGCGCUUAGCGAGAGAAUGAGUUUCGAGGAAUUACAAAAUAUUUGUAGAAGAGCAGUUUCUACCGACGGGGAAGUAGAAAUUUCAAAAAUCUACUUCCGGCUUCCAAGAAUAGUUGAGGGUGCGAUACGGUCGUACUCGUUGUUUUCUGUGGAGAAUAACGAGCAUGUGUUUGGAAUUCUGAACGAGGUCGUGCGGUAUCCGCAACUCGAGAUUUUGGAAUUGUACGUGGAAUACGAGGCCGUGGUUCGCAACAAGACUUUACUAGAUCAGUUGGUCUUAGGUGAUUCAAGCGGGUCUGAGAGGGGUAGUGGUGAAGAGGAAGAAGAGGAAGAAGAGGAUUUCUACGACAGCAACGAAGAGGAUGUCGAGGAAGACUUAGGAGCAGAUUCACAAUAUGAGUCGCAACUUCCUGAGCAUGUAAGAACGGCGGAUCUUUGCGACUUUGACGUCGCCCCGGAGGAUGAUGAAAAGAUUAUGUGGGAUCCUGGGAUGGAAUUCCGAGUAGGGAUGGUAUUCCCAAAUCGCGAUGCCGUCCGAGCUUGUGCGACUACUUAUUCGGUCGGGGUGGGAAGAGAGUUCAAGGGUCGCCGGACUACCAACUCGACAAUAGUGUUGGCUUGCAGGCAGAACCCUGUAUGUAAAUGGUGGCUGCGCGCUACACUUCUGCAAGCAACUCAGACGUGGACGUUGACAAAAUAUAUUGGCCCGCACACGUGCAAUCAGCUGUUACCUGAUCCAAACCAUCGGAAUUUUGGGUCUGUUGCAAUCGCAGACUAUAUCAAGGGUCAAGUAAAGCUGCAACGUGAUAUACGGAUCGAUACCCUCAGAGCUGGAAUUUGGCAACAACUUGGAGUUAGGCCUCCGUAUAAACGAACCUGGAAUGCAAAGGAAAAGGCAAUAGCUGAUGUUUACGGUGGCUGGUAUGAAUCAUUUGGUAUGGUUCACAAGUUCAUGAACGAGAUGAUGCAUGUCAACCCUGGAUCUUUCUGGGAUGCAGAAGGCGCUGAGGUGUACACCGACGGGAUCCUUCAGCCGAAAGUCGUAACGUUCAUCCGAAUGUUCUGGACUUUCAAACCGACAAUUGAAGGGUUUCGUUUUUGCAAGCCAGUUUUGUUCGUCGACGGUACUCAUUUGUAUGGCAAAUACAAAAUGACCUUGUUGAUCGCGUCGGCAAUCGAUGGGAACAGGAGGCAGUUAGAGGUCAGCCGUCCCCGUAAACCGGGGUCCUCGUGGGUCAGUGGUGCUUGGUUGUCAGCCCAGUUUGGUGGUUGGACGGUAUUGCCUGCGGGUGCUACAGAGGAUCAGGUUGACCAGGCGGUUCGAGGUUACCUUUGGGCUGCUUUACAGGGUCUGUGCUUUCCUGACUUGAACAGCGGCCACUUGGGCGUGAGGAUUCUUCCGCAUCUGGCGGAUUUAGGCCACCUGCGCGAUAUUAGCUGGGGAUCGGCUGUUCUGGCGUAUUUGUACCACGAGUUAUGCCUCUGCGCCUCUGCUUCGGCAGACAGACAGAACAUCGGAGGCGCCGUGUGGAUUCUACAGCUCUGGGCUUACGAGCGACUUAGGCCAUUGCGACCCCGUUUGGCCGACUUUACCGUCACCGGGGGAUUGCCUUUGGAUGGGGGGGUCCCAGACAGCGGGAGCGGGGGACAGCACGAGUUCCCAGACACUCAGUUUCUCACUUCAGACUGUUAUUGGACGGGCUGCGUUACAACGAUGUAA